AUGAUAAAAAUUUUACUAACAAUAGUUGAAGUGUUUUCUACAAUAGACGUAAAUAUUGGAGAACUCCAGUAUUUAGCUAUUCAUUUAGAUCCUUACGAGUGUCGUCGAUUGAUAGCUGCUCUUCAUUAUACAUCUUAUGAUUUACCCAAAGAUAUUUCGGGUGCAGUUAGAAAAGUACAUGAAGAUAUUCCAUGUUUUCAACAUCUUCUUCACUGGAAUACUUCUCCAACAGAAGGAAGAGGAAAAACUCAUGCAGAUUUGGUACUGCGACUUCGCCAACUAAAUCGCAAAGAUUUAGCAGAUUGGUUAAGCAAAAUAGUAUUUCAAAAACUUGGUAAAGAUGUUGUUAGGUCUAUUGACAAAUCAUUCGAGGAACUAGGGCAAACAGAUAAUAAAACUCAGUAA